GCUAGCCGGCAGGUUGUGGCAGAAGUCAGUGUGUCAAUGCACUGCUAACUGUCCGACUCACAACUAGUUGGAGGACUUCGAAGCGGCCGUCUCGCUAGAGUCUAAACUCACCCGGCGCCGCCGAAGGCGAUGGAGCUGGACAAGAUGGACGAAAACGACUGGCGCUACCACGGCGAGGGCAACAAGAGCCUGGUUGUGUCCCACGUACAGCUGUCCAAAGUUCUUCGCCUGCUCAAAUAUCCCACCGAGGACUCUGAAAACCCGCCACAGACGGCAGAGCAGGCCUUCAGGCAGAUCCAAAACAUCGUGGACUUCAGCUCCAACGUGAUGAGCUGCCUGCUGGGCGACAAGUUCAUCCACAGCGGAGAAGUGGUCAAGCUGCCGCUGGAGUUUGUGCGGCAGCUCUCCAUCAAAGUUCAACAUCAACGACCUGCAUGGCGCCGCGACAAAGUGAUGGACAUCUACAGUGGCUGCGCGCUGUGCUUGCCCAACCUGACGUGGCCCGGCCUCCCUCAGCACGCGCACAUGCCGCCGCUCUGCGUGGAAAUCAAGCCCAAGUGCGGCUUCCUGCCGUCCGCCAAGCACAUCAGCCGAGACAUCAAGAGCAAAGUGUGUCGCUUCUGCAUGCACCAACACUACAAGGUGGCCAGCGGGCGCUGGAAGAGACGCAGCCUCUACUGCCCGCUCGACUUGUUCUCGGGGAGCAGAGCCAGGAUGCACUUUGCUGUCCGCCAGCUCAUCGAAGAACCUCAGAACAACUUCAAAAUCUUCAAGGGGGGUCAGUGCAUAUACGCCAGCAAAGAGUGCACCGGCGAGGACUCGUCAGACCUCAACUCUCUGCUCUACCACCUGCGGCCUUACUUCCUGUACGCCAACUGCAUCCACGUGAGCGGCAAAGCCGUCCUCAGCGACUUCAUCCAGGUGCUGGUCAACGCCCUACUUAGCGGUGGCGGCGGCGUGGCAGAACGACGGCAGGAGGGACGGACUUUCUGCGAGGCCAGUCUUUUCAACAAGGAGCGACAGCGAUACGGCUCUCAAGGUUUGCCCAGCGAAAGCGUUCUGUCCCGCAUCCUGCGCACGCAAAUGCUGGACAACUUGAACAUCGAAGGCCUUUACCCGCUCUACCGGCGAGUGGAACAACACCUGCGUGACUUCCCCAAGGAGAGGACCAGCCUCCAGGUGGACGGUCCGUACAACGAGGCCUUCCUGGAGCGUCUCCAGAAGUGUCCCGCGGAGGAUGACGGCUCGCUGGACUUUGCCGUGUCGAAGGUGCAUCAGUACCGCGUCGCCAUGACGGCCAAGGACUGCUCCAUCAUGGUCGCCCUCGUGCCCAGCGCCACCAAUGACCAGGAUGACGACGACCAGGACACCUUGUGUGCCGCUCAGCGUCGCCUGCAGGACUUCCUGUCGUCCCGAAUGCCCGCCUUCUCCUACUCAGUGUCCAUGCUGGACCUCGACCCCAAGCCACUGGACAGCAUCCCGCUGCAGCUGAGUCUGGACCACAAGAUUGUGCAGUGCUACGCCAGAACACUGGCCGCCUCUGACCGCGACGACCGCACGUUGCACUUCAGGCCCGUGUGAGUGGGCACCGCCGCUUCCCGGGAUUCCUCUGGCGUAAGUUUUGACUCCCUGAACGGAUUCCCAAGGACCUUGAGUUUAGGCAUCGCCGUGGCAACGCUGCUUUCCUGGAUAGUGCCAAGACAGCCUUCGAGGCUGGUCGUGAUGUCAUUUGCUGAAUGUAUUGCCAAGCCGCCGAGGACCUGAGCUGGAACGCAUUUUUACCUGAGCUCAUGUGACCGCGCGUGUGCCCCCUUUCAAACGAUCCUUAUGUUUCUGAGCCCAAGAUUGUGAACAAAAGAAUGACGUUGUUAUGAGCAGCUUUGACGCACGAGGUCGUAGUCGGAACAUUGCGCUCCUGAGAUUGCUACGUUGAAGUUCAUAUCUGGCAAUUCCCUUGACCACGGCGUCAAAUGCGAACACACAAGACGUCCGUUUCUGCUCACACAAAAAGCGCCACACUGGGAUGAUAUGUUGACUUUUACACGCGGCGUGGAAAGGGAUACGUGCGAUGUCACUUCCUGUGAGUGUCCUGUCGGCAUCUUUGCGUGUGGUGCCAUCUGCGCGUGGGUAUUUUCCAACGUGAUCUACUCUGGACUGUCAGGAUGAGUUUUGUGUCCAUUGUGGGAGGGGCUGCGCCACCUACAGUAUGCAUGAAUGGAUCACAGAAAAAGAAACGACCCCAAAUAAAGUGGAAGGAUCAUGGUUUUAAAAAAAGAAAAAAGAAAAAAAAGAUUUAUAGACUUUGGAGGAAUUUUUAAAAUGGUGGCGUGCGUGCAGACAUUUGGUGGGGGGACAAAACUAUUUGUGAAAAGAAAGACUGCUUGUCUGCCAUUUUGUAUGUAAAUUAUUUAUUUUUGUAGAUUUUGACCAAUGAGCUCUGCUGUCACAUUCACAAUUUAGACUGGAGCAAAGUAAAACACUUUGAAACACAG